UUUGUUUUUUCUUCAGCAACCUGGUGUUGUGUCCUUGAGUCAUGGAUGAAGAAAUGGGGGUCCUCAAUGAGGGGGAGAGCAGAGGGAUGGCAAGACCAGACACCUUGGAGAGUGACAACCCUGGCAAGUCCCCUGCUUUGAAUGUCCGCAGAUUGCGCAGCCUGGCCAUAGCUAGCAUCAUCUGUGGCUGUUCGUGCAUUGGGGUCGUGGCUCUGAUCUAUGCAGUCAAGGCUAAUGAGAAGCAAAAGACCCAUUGCCAGAAUGCAGCGCUUCACUGGGCUCGGAAAUCUCAGUUUAUGUCUUGCCUGAGUAUCAUUGUCUGGGUUUCCCUUCUUAUUCUGACCCCCAUGUUACUAGUCCUCAUGUCUUACCUCAUAGCGAAAGCAGAAUGAUGAGCCACAUCAUUUGGUGAUUUUGGGCUUCCAGAAUCCAUGUUGACUAUUGUGGUUUCUUUGGUUGGAUUAAGCCAAGCAAGCACUGAAGUAUUUCUUGUGGUGGCACUUUUUUCAUUGAUUUGGCUCCAUGGGCGGGAAAAAUGGCGGACCCCUUUUUUUUUCUCCUGCAGUCAAGCAGAGGUGGGUUCCA